AUGAUUGAAGUUGAGGAUCUCAAAUCCUUCAACCUCAAGCCGUCCCGGCACCACUUUGGGUUCCGGAACAAAAUGCUCAUCAAAAUGGAUGGUGCACAAGCGCACUUGGACGAGAAGGUGGAGGACUUGAAGCUGCUUGCGUCCGACGCCAAGUUCAACAUCCAGUACUCCAUUUCAAAGUACUCGGGUGUCGAUCCCGGAUUGGGCAUGAGGGCCACCGUCCGGGGUCUUUUUCACCGUAGUGAAACCAAUUGGCAUGAUCCAGAUGCCCAUCUCGUGAGGAAGGUUGAUCCUGCAACCAUGUCCGCCGAGGAGUUUUCUCUUUACAGUUACCGUGAAGAGAGAAACCGAAAAUUUAGAGAGAAUGCUGACGCCCUUCUUGCCGAGACUUUAGAAAAGUCUGCCGCUCGCGCUGCGGCAUUAGCUGCAUCUACUGCCACUGCAACAACCAAAACCGCGCGCACAAGAAAACGUCAAUUUAGGUCGAAAAUGCGUUCGGGCGCACCAAUUCCGGCAGAGGAAGCCGCGAAAAACAAUGCGAGUGCGAAAAACAGUGCGGGCGCGACAUGCACCCGGGCAGAGCUGGGCAGAAAAGUCAAGGAAACUUUUCUGGCCGCGCGCUCUGCGCCCGUAGAAACUUCGAAAAUCGGCGCUCUGGGCCCUGGGACAGCCGGAGAGCACGAGGAUGAAGAACAGGCUUCGACAGACUGGAGCGAGUACGAAGCCAACCCUUGGGCAGACGAGCCCAAUUCGGUUUGGAGGGCUGUUGUCAUGAAAAAUGCUCAAAAGUCUGCUUCGGACGCCCAGAAGGUUGAAAAUGAGAGUAAAUGCGCUCCAGUCGGGACUGCUGGAGAAUCUACCUCUCCAACGACCACCGAAACUUCCACUUUUGCUGAAGAAGUGGAGGGCGCCUGCGAAAGUCAAGAGCCAAACCCUCAAGAUGGUGCGGCUGACUCUCAAACGGCUGGUUCCUUUAGACUGGAACCGGCUGGGGAAGUGGCUACGGCCGAGCUUCCCGAAGAUGGUCCAGCAGUUGCCGAAUUGGCCAUUUCUGGACCUGUUAGACAGAAAAGACCAGUCAGCGCAUAUUCUUGUGCUGAGCAGUCUUCGCCCAAGAAAAUGGGCAAGGUCGACACCAAUGCUUCCAGCACCGCGGCUUCUGGAUUCAAAACGGCUGGUUUCAAGUUCCAUGCUGUGAACUUUGCCGCUCCGAAGUUGGCUCUCAAGUCCAGUUCUAGAGUGGCUUUCAAGUCCAGUUCGAACAUGGCUUUUAAGUCUGGCUCCAAGAUGGGCUUCCAGUCUGGUCCCAAAAUGGCCUUCCAGUCAGGACCUAAAUUGUGUUUUGAGUCUAGUUCCAAGGCAGAGAAAUCCUCCGCUGCCAAUCUGACUACACCAUUGUCGACCAAUCCCUUCGUCGCCGAGGAGAGUAAGUUUUCGUUUACGGGACCUACCGAAGUUCCCCACCGCAAGUAUGGCUCGUUAAUGGCGGAAAACUCAGACUCCUCCGAUGAUAAUCUGGACUCUGACAGUUCCAUGACCGCAGACAACGGUUCCGAGAACAAGUUGCUCCAUAAGCUUCGGGAAUUGGAUACCGAGGUGAAGAGCCGUCCCGACCGCCAGUUCAACCGUCUUUUCGCCUUGAGAUUCCCAGAACAGACUGCUUACGAGGACGAAGUAUACAAGAAGCUUUACGAGGCUUCCCAGUUGUUGUCAAGAAAGAGAAGCAACAUCAUCAAGGAAAAGGAACAGGAGGAGCCCGUUUCUCUCCUCCAAUUGCGUCAAGCAGGCCGUCCAAGACGAGUCACUUCGAACAGUAAUGUACUGAACCACUGUACCUCAAAGGUGGGGAAGAAUACAAAGAACCGUUCAGUGUCCCAUGCCUCAGUCAUUGACCCUAAGAAGGUCGAGGACCGCAAGAGGUCCCGCAAUCGCCGGUUCGAGAAGCAGGGCAAGUCUGGCAUUGAAAUCAUGAGAGCCAACUCGACCACCACAGCAGCCCAGGCAGGAGCUAAAACCAUUGUGCUGGCUAUCAAGAACUUCACGUUCGUCGCCUUCCCAGAGGUGGCGAAGAUCGAAGAGAUUACCGAUAGUGAAGACGAUGCCAAGGCAGAGGAUGUGAAGCCAGAAGAGGCAGCAGAGGAGAUGAAGGUAGAAGAGGCAGCAGAGGCUGGAUUAGAGGAAGCAGUUCCUGUCAACCAGGCUACAGAUGCGACAGUCAUUCUGGCCAUCUCCAUUGAGAAGCUUGAGGAACCAGCUGACUUGGAUAAAUCUACUGAUAAGCCUGAAGGAAUUCCCGCCCCAGAUGCCGACAAGUGCCCAUGCAAGUCUGAAUCUUCGGCAGAGAAAACUGACUCGGAUUCUCACCAAAUUGGCGGACAGGCCACUGUGGCCACCGUCUCUCCUCUGAAAGAUUUAGAGGCCCAGGCUUUGGGAGACGCUCCAAAGCCCGUGCUGUCUGAUAAGGAGCACAGCGUUUCCGCUCUGCUUUCUGUCUGUAACGACUUACAGAAGACGGAAAUGGAGGAUACAUCGGCCGAUGUUGAAUCCAAUACCCUUCAAUCGAAUGAGGUUGGUUCACAUCCAAUCGAAGAUGGUUCGGGUUCAGCUGAAAAUGAUUUGGAUUCAGCUGAGACACCAGCCACACCUCAGGAUGAUAAUGAUGAGCCUAGCAGGACCAUCACCUUCAAGGAAAAGGACCAAGUUCGUUUUUUCAGUGCCGAGAAGGGAGAAUGGGCCGAUGUGGUGAAUGGAUUUAUGCUCUGGCGAAAAAAUCCAGUGGGUGUUCCUUCGCCAUGUCAGACAGAGGUUAAGUCUGUUUUGAAGACGACUUCUUCUACUAUUCUCAUCAAUGAACUUCCUCCAAUGGAUGAAUAUUGUUCCGACGACGAUACUUGUCACUUGGAACAAAACUCUCCACUGAACAAUUGCCCGGAAGAUCUGUUGGAUCAUGACCCGAUGGAUUGUUCUGACGUCUCAGAUGACCUGAUUGUCAGCUCCGAUUUCGACUCCAUCGAAAAGUUCAGGGCCAAGCUUGCGAAGAUAAAUUCCAAAAAGUCACCUACCACUGACGGAAUUUCUGAAAGCGGUCAAGAGAAACUUACCGUUUCCAAUGACUGUCCAACAAACACCGAAGCUGGCAACUACCUGCAGCAGGAAGUAGCAGCUACCAAAAUUAGUCUGGUGAAAACUGCCAGAAAGCGUGAGGCCAAAAAGUCUUUGACCAAAAAGUCUCCAAGUUCCCCUCUGUCUUACAAGGAACUCGUGGCGAAGGUCGAAAAGAUCCAAAGGGCCAAAAAGACCAGGGCCAAAAUGUCUCUGACCAAAACGUCAUUGGGCAAAAUGUCCGAGAUACAGUUGUCUGAGGCUGAAUCUCCAGCGCUGUCUGAGGCUGAAUCUCCAGCGUUGCCUGAGGCUAAAUCUCCAGCGUUGCCCGAGGCUGAAUCUCCAGCGUUGCCUGACUCCUCAGAAUUGUCAGCACCUUCGCCUCAGGAUGUGCUUUCGCCCGAACCUUUAGCUGAAAGCUCACUUCUUUCUUUCACUGAAUCUUCAGCCGAAACUCCAGUUAAACUCGCCGCGGAACCUUCUGCUGAAGAUUUAACGGAUUUGGAUUCCUCUUGUCAGACUUUCCGUCUCAUCGACCGGGACUGGAAGAUCAUCCAAAUCAUGUCUGAAUACUCCGAGGAAGAAGAAAACUAUCCCGGGUAUGAAAACAUUCGAAUUUAUAGAGACGCUCUCGUGGCUUGUGCUGAUGAGAUUAAAUUGAGCCGUGGGCUUUUGCCUUCACGCUUGUCUCUGCCGGAGGAAGAAGUUGCUGAUGUUCCGGAAAAGAAGGCCAAUGAAACUGCCAAUGGCAAACCACAAGUGCCUGAAAUCCAGCAUGCUCAAGAAAACGAGCCAUGCAAAAAGGAUGUUCCCCAGUUAGAUUUGCCCGAACCAUUAAAUCAACUACUUGGUUUUAAAUCUGAACAGGAACAUGGUGGACAGUUGCCAUGUCCUCCUUUGGAGCAGACACCUGCUCAUGAAAUCAGGGAAAGACCCACCCUGAGAUCUUCAAACAUACGCAACAACAAGUUGUUUGAAGAAGCAAAAAAUGCCAUGUCUGCUGCAGACGUGGCAGAUCCGUAUCUGAUUGAUGUUCCAAAGCCCGGAACUUAUUUGGCCCCGAUAGAUCCAUCUCUAUGUCCGCCGGUGGCGUUUUUGAAAAACCCACCAUUCUCCUCCAGGCGUGGGUUCUUGUUAUCUCAAAAAAAUUUUGUCAUCAAAGAAAGGGUACGCUUUGAGUAUGAGUUAUUCAAGCAUCGUCGCUCUUACAUGGUUCAUCGGUGUCACCCAUCAGAAGAAACGGCAGAGUAUGCCCAACCGGUGACACGGAAAGACUAUGCCGACUUCGAAAAAUCAUUGAAGCGGAAGUUGCAAGAGAGACGAGACGCUUACGAAAAGACUCGACAAUCCAUGUACAGCCGUCACCCAACAUGUGGUUCGUAUAUUGAUUUCGUGGAUGAAUGGGAGUAUGGAUCCACUGAUCCAUAUGGGAGUCCGAAUGUGUUUCCCAAAGAUCUCUAUGACGUUUUCUAG